GGCUUCAUCUUCAAGAGCAUGGGAGGAACGACUUCUCUACCUUCAUCAAGAAGUCCAAACUAAACUUCAGUUUCCUCCUUUCCAAGGGCUGGAGCCUCUGAGUUCAAAGACUGUGUGAUAACUUCUGUAACUUCUGCAGCAAUCACAUAACCUAGUCCACAGUUUGGGUCAACCCACAGUUUGAAUAAUAUAUAAAAAGGUGGUAGCAACAUGGCCAAGAAGCGGAUAGCUGUGAUUGGAGCUGGGAUCAGUGGCCUGGGAGCCAUCAAGUGCUGCUUGGAUGAAGGCCUGGAGCCCACCUGCUUUGAAAGAAGUGAUGACAUCGGAGGCCUGUGGAAAUUUCAAAAGAACCCUUCAGAAAAAAUGCCUAGUAUCUACAGAUCUGUGACCAUCAACACUUCAAAGGAGAUGAUGUGUUUCAGUGAUUUUCCCAUCCCUGACCACUUCCCCAACUACAUGCACAACAGCAAACUCAUGGACUACUUCAGGAUGUACGCCAAGCACUUCAGUCUUCUGGAUUACAUCCGAUUUAAGACCACAGUGAAGAGCGUGAGAAAGCGUCCAGACUUCAGCAUCCACGGACAAUGGGAUGUUGUUGUGGAAGCAGAUGGAAAACAAGAGAGCUUGGUCUUUGAUGGGAUUCUGGUCUGCAGUGGCCAUCACACAGACCCCCACCUGCCACUCAAGUCCUUCCCAGGCAUCGAGAAGUUUGAAGGUCGUUAUUUCCACAGCCGGGAAUACAAAAGUCCCGAGGAUUAUGUAGGACAGAGAAUCAUAGUGGUUGGCAUUGGGAAUUCCGGUGUGGACAUUGCUGUGGAGCUUGGUCAUGUAGCAAAACAGGUAUUCCUCAGCACCAGGAGAGGAGCAUGGAUUUUACACCGCGUUUGGAAUAAUGGCUAUCCCAUGGACAGUUCAUUUUUCACUCGGUUCAAUAGCUUUCUCCAGAAGAUAUUAACUAUAGAAGCAGUGAAUAAGUACCUAGAGAAGACAAUGAACUCAAGAUUCAACCAUGCAAAUUAUGGUCUGCAGCCACAGCACAGACCACUGAGUCAGCAUCCCACCAUCAGUGAUGACCUUCCAAAUCGCAUCAUUUCUGGAAAAGUCCGAGUGAAGCCUAACGUGAAGGAGUUCACGGGAACAGAUGUUAUUUUUGAUGAUGGUACGGUGGAGGAGAAUAUUGAUGUUGUCAUUUUUGCCACCGGAUACAACUUUUCUUUUCCAUUCCUUGAGGGUCUGAUUGACGUUACUGACAAUGAAGUGUCCUUGUAUAAGCUGAUGUUCCCUCUGGACCUGGAAAAGCCAACACUGGCUGUCAUCGGACUCAUCCAGCCCUUGGGCAUCAUUCUACCCAUUGCAGAACUUCAGUCUCGUUGGGCUGUGCAGGUGUUCAAAGGGCUGACCAAAUUACCCUCAAUGAAGGUCAUGAAGGCAGAUGUGAACCAAAGGAAAAAGGCCAUAGAGAAAAGGUAUGUGAAGACAGGCAGGCACACAAUCCAAGUGGACCAUAUUGAGUAUAUGGAUGAGAUUGCCUCUCUGGCUGGGGUGAAGCCCAGUCUCCCAUUCCUGUUUCUCUCGGAUCCAAUGCUAGCCAUGGAAGUCUUCUUCGGGCCCUGUACCCCAUACCAAUACCGUUUGCAAGGUCCAGGGAAAUGGGAUGGUGCCCGGAGAGCCAUCUUGACUCAAAGAGAACGGAUCAUCAAGCCCUUGAAGACACGGAUUACUAGUGAGAAGAGUGACUCUGCCCCAGGACUCAUUUGGAUAAAGAUAGCACUACUUGGCCUGGCAUUUCUGGUUACAGGUUUAAUAUACUUUAGUUAUAUUUGCCAUGAUAAACUCAAAUGAGUGAAUGAAUUGUUUAGUAGGGAAAGCAUGCGCUUCUAGUCACUAUGGAGUGUUGCAAAGCCUUUAGUCAGAAGCAGACAGCAAUCUCAUUUAACACUGCUAUAGUUACAGAAAUGUUUAGAUAGUCUUUACAAGUAUUAGAGUCCUUUAAUAUGGGUGUGCAUUAACAUUUAUAAAACAUUUUGAAUGUACAAGAAGGGCUUAUGUUUAAAACAGUCUUGAGACCCUAUUUAAAGCUUGUGAGACUUUUGCCUCCAAAUGGACCAUAAUUGGUUCCACUAAGGUUGGUUAAAUCUGUGGGAAUUUAUAAAUAUUAACUUUGCACUGAUUUUAUGUUCCUCUUACAUUUUUUCCUCCAACUCAUUCUGUUAACUUGGGUUAAGAUGUGAAAGCUUAAGUUUAAAACAUAGAUAUUUAAAAAUAUAAGUCAGAAUGUUUUGUGUUUCAACUGAUUAGCAACAAUAAAAUUACUCUCCUUUUAAAUUGCGAUGUUUAAAGAAAGAACUAAAGAAUAAAACAGAGUAUAUGUCAGCUAUCAAUGGCCUACUUUAACUCUCAGUACUUAGAAAUAGGUAAUUGCUGUUCUGUGUUAAGGCAGAAUGGAGAUUUAAGUCACAACCAUGAGUCCAUGGUGGCUGCCUUGUCACUUUACCUGGCUUUCUGACCACUCUCUCUCUCUCUGUGGGAUAAAUGGCUUCCUCACUGUUGGAAGUCCAGGAGUGCCAGAAGGCUUCUUUACCUCAAAUGCCUUCUCAUUCCACCAACUAUGGGAAGUGUUCCUAGAACCUCUGCCAUUUUGUUCUCCUGACUAUAAAACCCCAAACAACCAUGGGAAGAAGGCGUGAAGACCAAAUGAAAUGGGGAGACCAAGGAGCAUGUGACCUUGUAUCCCAGAGGACACAUCAAUAAUCUGAAGCAUCACAAAGAAAGUUAUUCACCAAGAGAUAGCUUACUUUCUCAGCAGAGUAACUCAACUGAAGGCUCACUUGUUCUACUGAGAGGGAAAAAAAAUGCCCACAAGAAUACGGGAACUGGAAAGGAGUGGAGAGCAUUCUGUCCCUCAAGACUUCCACUGCUACUCAAAAUGAUAACAUAAUCAUCUGAUGUGGUUGCACUUGACCACAGGAACCAUUGACAACUGCUAGAAAACUAAUUCUCAGAAGCUAAAAUCAUAAGACAGGGAACUCUGUAGAUGUGACUGAGAUAAAUCCAAACAAAUUUUCAUGUGGG